UCUCGAUAUUUAAUAUAACUUUUGAACGAGAUAUUGUCUUUGAAAUUAAAAAAAAAAACGUCAAUAGUGAGGGCAGGCUAAAUGAUGAGUUUUCAUUUGUUAAUAUUAAUUGCAGAAGGACUAAAACAAAAAGACGUUUGAAACAAAAUGGUAUAUGACAAUGUUUAUCCUCUAAAUAUAGAGUAUAUUCAAACUAAACGGUCUUUGUUUAGGCACGGCUGAAAGCAGAGGAGAAGUUAAAACUAACGGAAGAAGACUUGGCUUACUUUAAACGGGAAUGUAAAAUCGUCCACGCACAGUAUCGACAAGCCCAGAAUUGCAUUUACUGGAAACAGCCCACUGGAUCGUUGAAGGUCGAGGUCAGCCAAGAACAACGGUUUCCUAUCGGUAUUUCAUUCAAAUUCAUGGAUGGCCUUCAGACGCGAUACCAGGCGUUCCCUGGGCAAGAGUAUAAAGGCAGCAGGUUCGAAGGACGUUUGAAAAACGACAGUGAGGGUGUGACAGUAUGUGGGAUGUUGAAGACGGCGUUCAAAAGAGGGCAGAUGUUUACUAUUGGGGAAGACUGGAGUGUUGGACUGGAUGGCAUCUCAAUGUUUGAUAGUCCAUUACUGGCGAAAGUAAGUCCUUCGCGCUGCUACGUUAAAUACAUACAGAAGGUGAAAGCAGAGCUGGCAGCCAAAGGCAUCACAGAGGCGAACAUAGAUCAGACAGAGAAGUUGGAAGAAACUUUCAGUGUCGCUGGUCCGUAG